AUAUAUAAAGCCCCAAAAUCUAGGGUUUUAUUUCGUAUCUAACAUUUGAAGUGAUCAACACAGACUAAUUUUUAUUUUCUCCAUCUGUUAGAUCCUUUUUUCGCUACUCAUUCAGGAUGGAGAAUAUGCAGAGCUACUGGCAGUUAGGGGACGAACUACGAGGGCAAUUGAAGGUAUCCGAGGAUCAAAAGUGGUAUGCGGCAGCGUCAAGGUUGGCUGAACAGACGAGGUCAAAGGGAGAACGGAGAAACAAUUUGGAUUUAUCGAAAAUGACUCUAGAUGGAAGGGUUAGAGAGAAUGUAGUAGGGUAUCAAGAAGAAAACAAAUUCGAAAACUUGAACUUUAACAUGAUGAAUUUGAAUCUUGAUAUGAAGAUGACUGAGAGUUUGAACAAGAGUUCGAUGAGGAAUGGUUUGUAUAACACGAAUGCUGUUGUGUAUCAGAAGGGGAAUGAUAGGAUUAUGGAGAAUAUGAUUAGUGGAAAGUAUCCGGGAAACGGUCAGAACAAGGAGGUUAAUAUUAGCAGCAAUCAUAAUGGAAAUAACAACGAUAAUAAUAACAAUAACAAUGCUGCAGAUAAGAGAUUCAAGACUUUGCCUGCGGCUGAGACGCUUCCUAGGGAUGAGGUUCUUGGUGGAUAUAUCUUUGUUUGUAACAAUGACACUAUGCAGGAGGAUUUGAAGAGGCAGCUUUUUGGUUUGCCACCAAGAUACAGAGACUCUGUUCGAGCAAUUACACCUGGGUUACCAUUGUUUCUUUACAACUAUACCACCCAUCAGCUACAUGGUAUUUUUGAGGCAACAACUUUUGGUGGUUCCAACAUUGAUCCCACUGCUUGGGAGGACAAGAAGUGUAAAGGCGAAUCCAGGUUCCCUGCCCAGGUGAGAAUCCGUAUAAGGAAGGUCUGCAAAGCAUUGGAGGAAGAUUCUUUCAGGCCAGUCUUGCAUCACUAUGAUGGUCCUAAGUUUCGCCUUGAACUAUCAAUCCCUGAGACCUUGGACUUGCUAGACCUUUGCGAACAGAAUGGAGUUUAAGUUUGAGUUGCCAAUAGCCUGAGCAUAAAAGCAAGAUGUGUUAGUGGUUAUAAUGUGCAAGUGUUGUAGGUUUUUAAGCAGCAUUUUCUUCAUGGAGCUUCCGUAUAAGCGCAAGCUUGAGUGAAGUUGUUUUGUGGGGGUAGCUGGACUGCAAAUGUGGCCAGUUGACGAAUAAAAUGUUAAGGAUCCAUGCCAUUUGUGUGAAAAUGAAUUAUGUCGUUAGCUUUGCGUUAUCUUUAAAUAGCUGUCAUGAACAAGUUAAGUUAUCACUAUUGUGUAAUGACAAAGAUUGACAAUAUAUCAAAUAUGGUGCUAUGAUUAUGUUCA